AUGCUCCUAGCAAGUGCGCUAGCCACCUUGGCGUUUUUCUCUAGCUCCAUCCUCGCCCAGGAUGUGAUCUAUGAUGAAGCCUCCCCUGAAGAUUACGAUCUUGACCCCGACGACGUCCCCCCUCAUCUACAGACUCAAUUGGAAAUCCCUGGCAUGGUCAAGCAUACCGCCUACCAGCAUGACGACGGCGACGUCUUUCACAUAUUUGUCCACAAGUCGUACGCUGAGCCCGAUCAGAAGGGUGAGCACAAGCCCGUCUUCAAGCGCGAGUACGGCAGCCGCAAACCCGUCCUCAAGCGUCAACACCUACCCUCCGGCGCCUCCCUGCACAAGCGCGAGGACAAAGCCAAGCCUGCCGAGCCCAAGAAGGACGAGAAUAAGGCUUCGCCCGCGGAGCCGAACAAAGACAAGCCGGUCGACGGCAAGGACACAAAGAUCUACAAGGUCCACGUAGUCGAACAUUCCGCCAUCGUAGCGUACCAAGAUCUACCUCGGCCCGCCAACGCCACCAAGCCCAGCAACCAGACCCUCGCCCAGACCAGCAAGAAGGAGUGCACCGACCUCGGUGGCACGCUGACCUGCGCAUCCGCGCCCAAGAAGGAAGGAGGCGAGGUGUUGCAGUGGCGAUGCAGGAUCGCAUACUUUGGCGGGAACCCGAUUGAAGACAAGUGGGUCACGGGCGACGAGGGCAAAUGCCAAAGGAGCGAAACCGAGGCGGAGAAGGAGAAGAAGGCAGAGGAGGCGAGGAAAAAGAAGGAAGAGGAUAGGAAGAAGAGAGAAGAGGAAGAGAAGAAAAAGAAAGCAGACGAAGAGGCAAAGAAGAAGAAGGCCGAAGAAGAGAAGAAAAAGAAGAAGCUUCCCAAAUUCGACGACGGUGGCCGCUGCGGCAUGUCAACCUUCAAGAACCUGACCACCAGCAACGCCGCGUACACGGGCGGCUGCCAGGCCAUCCACAACUGGGCGGCCAAGCGGCUGGGUAAGUGGGCCAUCGGCGCCAAGGUUGAGGGUGAUAUAAAUCUCAUUGUGGCUGGGAGCAACAGCGGUGCCAACUGCCGGUUCGUAAUCCGCAACAACAAUGAGCACACGAAUUUUAUCGGCACGGCUGAUGUGCGGGAUCUUAUUCGAGACUCGAGGCUGCGGUUCCAGGUCACGUACUCAAACAAGACUGGAGUAGGGGAGAGGAUGGGCGCCGAGGGUCACAUGAAGUGUGACAAGCAGUACAAGAACGGGACCAAAUUUGAACAAAAGGUUGACUGGGCGAUUUUAAAGUAUGACGGCUCUGUGUAG